UACUCUCAGAGCCCAUGAGAGUAAUUAAUCUUUUCCUUUGGAUUUCAUCUUUGGGUGUCUCAGCAAGUGUUGAAAAUUAACUAUCAAAAUUAACAAAAAUACAGUGACAACCAAUACUGGAGCUGGUAAAAUAAUCUGUUUUUAAGAAACUUUGUCCUUCUCUAUUGUUCUUAUUGAGCUGGAAAAUCCAAGGGCAAGAAUGGAUAGCAACCAACUUCUUGUUUUAAAUGUAAUAGGCAGAGUUUCAUGCAGCAAAAUUUCAAAUCAUGCCUAUAUUUAAGAUGUAAGGUCAGCAGAUUAGUAUAGAAAAUGAUUUUGAAACUAUUGGAGCCAUUUGUAGGUUAAUCACCUAGUAUUCAUUUCCCACCUCUUUACUCUUCCCACAUGUACCUUUAAUUUCUCAAAUACUGCAGCUCCAUCCAACCAGCAUAUCCCAAUCCUCUGGACACCAAGGUUUGGUCUCAGGAUGGUUAUAUGCCCUAAUAGAAGUUAAAUGUAUGGAAGUAUGAAAGGGUCUCUUCCUCCCUCUUCUUGGUUCUCUCCAUUCUCUUCUUCCGUGUUGGUUGUGCCCAUGUAUGAAGCAUUAUUCUUGUUACUCAUCAACUGACUUUCAUUAACAAGAAUAUCAGACUUAAGGUGAUGUCAACACUGUACGUGAUAGAAGCAAAGCAUCUGAUAUGUUUUAGAAUGAUCCCAUUUAUUCCAGUGGCAAAACUAAUUUACUAUGCUUCUUUACCAUUUUUUAAGAAUUUUAUCCAAUUUUGAAUGUGGUACUAUGAAAAUUAUUUGCUGAGCUUUAUACUGGAUAAUUUAUAUUAUUCAAUCUGUAAAUCAAUACUAUGGGUUAAAUAUUAUUCAUUCACAGACCAGGAAACUGAGGCACCUGGAGUUCAAAUUAUCUGCCCAAGGCACACAGUUAGUAUGUGGCAGAGUCAGAAUUCAGUCCCAACCAGACCUUGAGUUUGGGGACAGCUCUUCUGACGAUCAUACAAGUCUUAUUCCUGAAUAUCCUAAAAGCAGCCCUUUGAGGAUGGUUUUGCAGAUGGAGCGUUUGAGCACUGGAGAAGUGAAAGUCUUGGUUGUAUUUGGGAUGGAAAGGCAGAGGAGGGGUAGUAAGGAAUAAUUUGGCUCUGUGGAUACAGUUCACUCCCUUAGUUGGAGGUCAGUGGGCCCUGUUUGCUGCUGUCUUCCCAGUGCCCUUGGGCAUCCUCCCUUUCUGUCUUUGACCUUGUCAUCAUCAAUUAGCGUGUUAGAGCAAUCCAGACGCUGUCCUGUGUGAUUGGUCUCACUGCACUCUAACAAGGAUGAUCCUUUACAUUUCCACAGUGGCCUGCAAGCCACCUAGGGUUUUCUCAUCUCUGAUCUCACUUGGCCCUUUCAAGCCCCCUCUGAGGUGGGCUAGCACCCUGUUAUCCCUGCCUUGGAUGCUGACAUGUCAAUUUGACAUGAGUUAAUUUUCUUACGUAAGUAUGUUUUCUUGUAAAUGACUUUGGUUCCGUCUUGCAUGUUGUUAUACGUGCAGCCGGACAGUGAGCCCACAAUUAAGUGUUGUAUGCUGUACACUCCUUCAACAAUGCCACAUCUUGGUACAUGGUGUUUUCUCAGAACAAAAACCCAAAACCACGAAAAUAAAACCCAUUAAUGUAAUAUAAAUGAGGAAACAUAGUUCCUUCUAGUAAUGUGGGGCUGACACUGGCUUUCCACAGGCGAUUGUUAAAUACUCAGGAAUUGUCAGCAGGUGAUUAAUCUGGCCGUUUGUCACUGAUGGUGGGUUAGUUAUACCAUGCAAAUUAGCAAAGGCUAUGCAUCAGGGCUGUGCUUCCUCGCCUCCCUUUUUGCUCCCCAGAACCUGUUAGCUGAGAUGCUCCAGUUCUAACAUUCGCACAGGCAACUGCCCUUCUUUCUGGAUUAGCUGAUGGCCAUGGCCUGCAUGUCUACACCAGGGAGAAGGUGAGGUCAUGGUGUUAGUCUCUAUGCCUUUGCUAUCAUGAGGCUCUGAACAGAGGAUGGAGGUUUAUGAUCACUGUAGAAAACCAAACCACAGAAAAGUGCCUAGAGCAAGCUGGAUGUGGAGGUCCAGAAUGGACUUGACCAGCUCUGCAGCCUGUGGGUCUUCCCACCCAUCCUGGACUGAGCCAGCACGUUGGUCAAGCUGCACCCAAGGGGGUUUGAGACUGCAGCAGGAGGCUCUGAGUUAGAAGGUGGUCUGCUUGAAGGUGGUCUACACCUCAAAAAUUGUACUGUUAAAACUGAACAGAAAGUCUGGACUUAAGAGGCCCAGAGUUCUGCCAUGGCUUCCAUGAGCCCAAGCUGUUUCUUGUCUCCUCUCUACCACCCUCGGUGUGGGUGAUGUUUCCCUGUCUGGCUGCAAGAACCUGUGAUGGUUCUAAACAACAGGAAAGGAACACACCACAAAAACCAUCCAGGAUAGCCUGUGGCCCAUUUUUUUCUUUUUCCUGAAGUAAUGGUAUUCUUUCCCUUAAGUAAAGGGCAAAAGGAACAAGAGAAAAUGACAUAUGUUAUGGAAUAUUAAAGAUAGUUCUAUAGUAAAAAUAAUUUUGAUGUGCACAUUUCCAAUUAUCAGGAAGCUCCAGUAAAUCUGUGUGAUAAGAAAUUAAUUAAGGAGGUCAGCAGCCCAAGACCAUCCCAGGAAUGGUAGUAUACGAAUGAGAGGAAAAACACUGUAAAAAGAAUAAGCAAAAACUUUCGUUAUAAUAGCCAAGGCAGUAAAAUGCUAUUUAAAUGGAAUUGAGGGCCCAAAUGGCUGCAAUUAUAGGGUACUGAAAAAAUGUUCAAGAAAAAUUUACUUUUAUGGGAAGAAAAUUAGAUGAAUCCACCACUGGACGCAAGGUACCUGAAGUCAUAGGGGUUAGUGAGGCCCCCUGCUCUGAGGCGCUUGCUCUUCUGUUUUCCAUUGCUACCACAGUGCCUAGCACACCACAGCUGCAUAGAUGCAAAGACAGUAAAGGGGGCAGAUCCUGGAACUGUGGGAAUGGAUGGAGUUGGUCAUGGCAGGAGGAGGCCCGGCCUGGUAUUGGAAUUGGGGUAGAUUGGCUUCAGGUGGAGUUGAGGGGUUCCAGGUGUUCACGCCCUGUGUUGCCUUGAUUGCUGCCAAGGAAACAGGACUGGCCUCCAAGUCUGGGUGAAGGGACUGUGAAGGCUACAGGGGCCACAAGGGAAGGAUGAUGAUACUCACAUUGCCUCAAGGGGCCUGUUUUCUUGUCCAACCCCUUUGACACAAAAUCGUGCCUUUCCUUCUAGGCUGUUGAAAAUCAAGUAAUCAGAUGAUGAAAGUAGGUUCAGGUGGUUGACAUAAUUAACUCAGUUAACUGUUUUUGGAGGAAGGGGGCCAGUUAAUCCAAACUCAAGGUGGGGUUAAAAGGUAGCUGCAACAUACAUGCUAGUUACAUCAUCAGUUUAAAAAGCAUAGGAGAGGUGUGCUAUGCCAAGAUGGUACAGAAAAUACUCUCACCCACAGUGUAGGGUAUGGAGGAAGUCUUAAGAUCUUUAAGAUUAUUUUUUGAAAUAGUGAUGUGUGAGUACAUAUGGUGAGAACGUUUUGUUGGAACUCUGUCUUCAGUAAUCAGCAAUGAAGAUUUCUUUGAAGUAUUAUACUUCAAAAUCCAUUUGCUGAUUGAGAAAACUACCCAUCAGGGCAGGGAUUUUGCAUAGUGGUUAAGACUCUGCUUUGGAUGCCCACAGUAAUGGAAUACCUGUGUUUGAAUCCUGAUUUAGCCUUGAUUCUGAUUUAGCUUCCUGCUGCUGUGCAUCCCGGGGAGUGGGGGGCAGUAGAUCAGUAGAUGAUGGCUCGCUCAAGUACUUGGGCUCCUGCCACCCACAUGGGAGACCUGGAUUGAGUUCCUGGCUCCUGGCUGUGCCCUGACUCAGCCUCAGCUGUUGUGCACUUGGGGAGUGAACCAGCAGAUGGAAUAUGUCUGUCUGUCUGCUUCUUUAUCUUUGCCUUUUAAAAUAAAUUAAAAACAACCGAAAAACCACCAGUCCAUUCUUGGGAAGCAAUAUAUGUUGUCUUUUUUUUCUGCAGACAUGAGGUCUAUUAGGCCUCAGACAUGGGGUAGAGAGGCAGAGAGAAGACUAUACAUGCAAGUCAUUUAAUAAAUGAAUAUUACAGCAUCGCACUCCACAUCCUAAGUGAGAUGUAUGAAUUUAAUAUAAAUUGGAAGCACCGUAUCUGUGAAGGAUCACAGCUUCCUUGUAAGAACCCUAAUUUAUUCAGCUAAAGCACCAACCAUGCUCUGCCUUUGAACUUUCCUAUCACAUGCAUAUGCUCAAGAGAGGGUGGGGCUUUAUUUUACUGAGGUUUGAGUCCUUUUUCUGGGGCAGCAUUAUCCCUCCCACAAAGAAUAUGGGAAAGGCCAAGGCUAUAGAAUUUUAUCAAUGUUGCUAUGAGUUUAAGGUGUUCUAUUAUGUAUUUCAUGAAUAUGUCAUUGUUCUCUGUAGAAUCUGACACUCAGAGGAAAUGUCUCUUAAAGAUUACUUGAGAGUGAAUAAUACAUGGAAUUAAAAACAAGACAGCCAGUGAUACAUGAUAGGACAUGCUUUGAGAAGCCACAGCCUUAUGACCCAGAGAGGAAACAAUUGAUACUCUACAACGUGUGCUGUGUUGGUGGGGAAGGAUGUUCCGUGGGUGGUGUUUGCAUUGCUCAGUCACAGAAAAUCCCACGUGAACCAAGACCUGGGGAGUUUGAAAAAAUCAUCAAACGCCUGCUGGAAACACCUAAUGCUCGAGCAGUGAUCAUGUUUGCCAAUGAGGAUGACAUCAGGAGGAUAUUGGAAGCAGCAAAAAAAUUAAACCAAAGUGGUCAUUUUCUCUGGAUUGGCUCAGAUAGUUGGGGAUCCAAAAUAGCACCUGUCUAUCAGCAGGAGGAGAUUGCAGAAGGGGCGGUGACCAUCUUGCCCAAAAGAGCCUCAAUUGAUGGAUUUGAUCGAUACUUUAGAAGCCGAACUCUUGCCAAUAACAGAAGAAAUGUGUGGUUUGCAGAAUUUUGGGAGGAGAAUUUUGGAUGCAAGUUAGGAUCCCAUGGAAAAAGGAACAGUCAUAUAAAGAAAUGCACAGGCCUGGAGCGAAUUGCUCGGGAUUCGUCUUAUGAGCAGGAAGGAAAGGUCCAAUUUGUAAUUGAUGCUGUGUAUUCUAUGGCAUAUGCCCUGCACAAUAUGCACAAAGAUCUCUGCCCGGGAUACAUUGGCCUUUGCCCACGAAUGAGUACCAUUGAUGGGAAAGAGCUACUUGGUUAUAUUCGGGCUGUAAAUUUUAAUGGCAGUGCGGGGACACCUGUCACAUUCAAUGAAAAUGGAGAUGCUCCUGGACGUUAUGAUAUCUUCCAGUAUCAAAUAACCAACAAAAGUACAGAAUACAAAAUCAUUGGGCACUGGACCAAUCAGCUUCAUCUGAAAGUGGAAGACAUGCAGUGGGCUGACAGAGAACACACUCGCCCGGCAUCUGUCUGCAGCCUUCCAUGUAAGCCUGGGGAGAGGAAGAAGACGGUGAAAGGAGUCCCCUGCUGCUGGCACUGUGAGCGCUGUGAAGGCUACAACUACCAGGUGGACGACCUCUCCUGUGAACUCUGCCCCUUGGACCAGAGACCCAACAUCAACCGCACAGGCUGCCAGCGUAUCCCCAUCAUCAAACUCGAGUGGCAUUCUCCCUGGGCUGUGGUGCCUGUGUUUGUGGCAAUACUGGGCAUCAUCGCCACCACCUUUGUGAUCGUGACUUUUGUCCGCUACAAUGACACACCCAUCGUGAGGGCUUCAGGACGUGAACUUAGUUAUGUGCUCCUAACAGGGAUUUUUCUCUGUUACUCAAUCACCUUUUUAAUGAUCGCGGCACCAGAUACAAUCAUAUGCUCCUUCCGACGGAUCUUCCUAGGACUCGGCAUGUGUUUCAGCUAUGCAGCCCUUCUGACCAAAACGAACCGCAUCCACCGAAUAUUUGAGCAAGGGAAGAAAUCAGUCACUGCACCCAAGUUCAUCAGUCCAGCAUCUCAGCUGGUGAUCACCUUCAGUCUCAUCUCUGUGCAGCUGCUUGGGGUGUUCAUCUGGUUUGUUGUGGAUCCCCCACACAUCAUCAUUGACUAUGGAGAGCAGCGGACUCUAGACCCAGAGAAGGCCAGGGGAGUGCUCAAGUGUGACAUUUCUGAUCUCUCGCUCAUUUGUUCACUUGGAUAUAGUAUCCUCUUAAUGGUCACUUGUACUGUUUAUGCCAUUAAAACAAGAGGUGUUCCAGAGACUUUCAACGAAGCCAAACCCAUUGGAUUUACCAUGUAUACCACCUGCAUCAUUUGGUUAGCUUUCAUUCCCAUCUUUUUUGGUACAGCCCAGUCAGCAGAAAAGAUGUACAUCCAGACAACAACACUUACUGUCUCCAUGAGUUUAAGUGCUUCGGUGUCUCUGGGGAUGCUCUACAUGCCCAAGGUUUAUAUCAUAAUUUUUCAUCCAGAGCAGAAUGUUCAAAAACGUAAGAGGAGCUUCAAGGCUGUGGUGGCAGCUGCCACCAUGCAAAGCAAACUGAUCCAAAAGGGAAAUGACAGACCGAACGGCGAGGUGAAAAGCGAACUCUGUGAGAGUCUUGAAACCAACACUUCUUCUACCAAGACGACUUAUAUCAGCUACAGCAAUCAUUCAAUCUGAAACAGAAAAAUGAUGCAAUCUGAAGAAAGUCAUAUGUGAUCUUAAACAAUGAACAUGAGACUACAAAAACUCACUCCUGGCGAUCUCCGUAGACUACAAUCAAUCAAAUCAAUAGUCUUGUAAGGAACAAAAAUUAGCCAUGAGCCAAAAGUAUCAAUAACAGGGAGUGGAGAAACCCGUUUUAUACAAUACAACCAAUGAGUGUCAAGCUAAAGUGUUGCUUAUUCUUGAGCAGUUUAAAAAAAAUCACAAAAGAAAACUAAUGUUAGCUUGUGGAAAAAAUGCUGUUGAAAUAAACCAUGUCUGAUGUUAUUCUUGUAAGUAUUUUUCUGUGAUUGUGAGAACUCCCGUUCCUGUCCCACAUUGUUCAACUUGUAUAAGACAAUGAGUCUGUUUCUUGUAAUGGCUGACCGGAUUGAAGCCCUGGGUUGUGCUAAAAAUAAAUGCAAUGAUUGAUGCAUGCAAAUUUUUAUACAAAUAAUUUAUUUCUAAUAAUAAAGGAAUGUUUUGCAAAUGUU